CCUCCUUCCUUCCUUCCUUCCUGGCUGUGCUUUUUCUGUGUCAGUUUCAGGAGUCCUGAGCUUGAGCCUGAAACAAAGCAGGAGGCUGGAAAAGGGCUCUCCGGAGUUCGCCGAGACGCCAAACUGAGGGGGAGGCUCCCUGUCUUGGCCGAGGCGUCGGGUUGUGCCGUUCGCCGUCAGCUCUGCGCAGCGCGAAGCUCCUUUCGGGGAGAGCAUCUGGCUCCCGAACGGGGCGGGCGGGCAGGGAAAGUUUGCUCGGCUCUUUCCUUCGCCUUUCAGAUCGAGGCGGGUUUUUGCCAUAGGAAGGAUUAAGCGGUAGUUUGCCGACCGCCGACCGCCUACAGCGCUGCUCUGUCCGCCACUUCAACAGCGAAAAGCGAGAACCUGGCUGGGACAGGGAGAAAAAAGAACAGCAAAAAGCGAGCCCGAUCCGGCUUCUCGUCUUGAUCCUGCUCCAGUGCGCCGCUUCCUUUCCUGCUGGAUCCGACAGCCUCCUCACAAGAAUUCCGAGAGUGUUGCUUCCUACCCUCCUUCCCUCCCUCUCUCUCGGGAGGUUUGAGGUUCGUUAAGGGAUAAUAUUAUUCUUUUUUGAAAACCCAAAGAAGGAAGGCAAGGAAGGAAGGCGAGUCCAGCAGUUGAUUCCUCUCUUCCAAGAAGCGCGCUCCCGAAAAAGCUCGAGAAGGGGGGAAAAGAAGGGGCCCCGUCCGCGCCUAGCCUUGGGGAUGGAUGAUCAGCCCAGGUUGAUGCAUUCCCACGCCGGAGUGGGGAUGGCUGGCCAUCCGGGCCUGUCCCAACAUAUGCCGGACGGAGCUGCCGGCACUGAAACCGAGGGGGGACGAAAACAAGACAUUGGGGACAUUUUACAGCAAAUCAUGACCAUCACCGAUCAGAGUUUGGAUGAAGCGCAGGCCAGAAAACAUGCUCUAAACUGUCACAGAAUGAAACCUGCACUUUUUAAUGUUUUGUGUGAGAUUAAAGAAAAAACAGUGUUGAGCAUUCGAGGAGCGCAGGAGGAGGAACCCACAGACCCACAGCUAAUGCGGCUGGACAACAUGCUCUUAGCAGAAGGGGUAGCUGGCCCUGAGAAAGGAGGGGGCUCAGCAGCGGCAGCGGCAGCGGCAGCAGCCUCAGGAGGUGCUGGCUCAGACAAUUCCGUAGAACAUUCUGACUACAGAGCAAAACUCUCACAGAUUCGGCAGAUCUACCACACAGAGCUGGAGAAGUAUGAACAGGCAUGUAAUGAGUUCACGACCCACGUGAUGAAUCUGCUGCGGGAACAGAGCAGGACUCGGCCUAUCUCCCCCAAAGAGAUAGAGAGGAUGGUCAGCAUCAUCCACCGCAAGUUCAGCUCCAUCCAGAUGCAACUCAAACAGAGCACAUGUGAAGCUGUCAUGAUCUUGCGCUCUCGAUUUCUUGAUGCACGGAGGAAGAGAAGAAAUUUCAACAAGCAGGCUACAGAAAUUCUCAAUGAGUAUUUCUAUUCUCAUCUCAGCAACCCUUAUCCCAGUGAGGAAGCCAAAGAGGAACUAGCCAAGAAAUGUGGCAUCACAGUCUCACAGGUAUCAAACUGGUUUGGAAAUAAACGAAUCCGGUACAAGAAGAACAUAGGUAAAUUUCAAGAGGAAGCCAAUAUUUAUGCUGCCAAAACGGCUGUCACUGCUACAAAUGUGUCAGCCCAUGGAAGCCAAGCUAACUCACCCUCAACUCCCAAUUCAGCUGGUUCUUCCAGUUCUUUUAACAUGUCAAACUCUGGAGAUUUGUUCAUGAGCGUGCAGUCACUCAAUGGGGAUUCUUACCAAGGGGCCCAGGUUGGAGCCAACGUGCAGUCACAGGUGGAUACCCUUCGCCAUGUUAUCAGCCAGACAGGAGGAUACAGUGACGGGCUCACAGCAAGUCAGAUGUAUAGUCCGCAGGGCAUCAGUGCUAAUGGAGGUUGGCAAGAUGCUACAACUCCUUCGUCGGUGACUUCCCCCACAGAAGGCCCUGGCAGCGUUCACUCUGAUACCUCCAACUGAUCUCCCAGCAAUCCAGUAUCCCCGGCUGCUCCCACCCUGUACCAGGCAGAGGUGGGGGCAGAGAGGGGAGAGUUUUUUUCUCCUGUUGAUGCCAGCAGGCUGGAUUCAAAGCUGACUGGCCCACCCAACAGGAGUCUCCCUCUCUUCUCUCUUUGGGGAUGCUUUUUUCAGCCAGUCUGGACACUUCUUUAUACUCUCUUCCCUUUCUUUUCUGGGUAGAAGCCACCUUUCCUUUCACCAUCACCAUUGCCUGUCCUCUCACAGCAAAAUAAUCAGAAGGAAAAAAAAAACAUCUGAAAGCAUUUGUACUUAUUAUGUUGUUGCUGUUGUUGUUGUUGUUGUUGUUGUUUUUAUCCCAGUGUCAAUCCCUCCAGCCUACCAGGUAUCUGAUUGCCUCCUCCCAUUUCUCUGGUGUUCUCACUACCUCUAUUUAGGAGCCAUCUAAGCUCUUCCCUUGGCUUUUGGGCACCAUACCUCCUUCAUACAAGACAAUGAUCUGUUCCUUUAAGAUCUUUGGUGAGUUGCCUUCCAGGACAAUCCCUGUUACAGGUUGGAUAAAUGCAAUCCGGGUGCUGCAAGAUAUGGCCAUAACAUGCCACAUGGUUAGAAGAUAGGAAAGUGUUAGCAAAGCUACUCUUUACCAUCCCUUCACGUCUCUUAUCCACCAUAGACAUGAACCUUGCCACUUCUCAAUUUGGUUGUUCCACACUUUCAGUGGAACUGUAAUUAGGGCUGUGUGCAUUGUUCUUCAUGAAGGAAAUGCAUAGUUGCUUAGUAUAACAUGAUGCAAGUACAGUAAAUCUGGGAACUAAAUUAUUUUUUCCUAAUUUGGAUUCUACAAAUCACAUUUUACUGAUACAGAAAAGACUUUCACAUUUUUAUUUGAAAUGAAAACUAUGUAAGAACAGAGCAAUAAAGACAUGUGCAUGGCACUGUGGUCUUCAUUCUUACAUCCUCUGAUUUCUCAAUCUGAUUUAUCCAAGCAUCAUGUGCCUGAAUGCAUCAUAAACCUUAGGUAUUCAGAAAGGGAGAGGGGUAUGUUCACAAUAAAACUGCAGAAAUUGCAAAAUACCCACAGCUUUCAUUAGACUCUUAAUUUACCAAUAUAUGUUGCACAGGGAAAGAAAUCACUGGGAAAUUACUUCCAAGCUGCUAGAAUAUACAACUUGCACUAGUAGCAUUUGGACCUUUGUGGCUUUACAUAUUAUAAUUUGAUUAUACAUUGUUGCUAAAAUUGUGGUGCUGCCCUAAUUGUGGAAAAAAAUAGAUUGACACUUCACUUCUAAACAAAACUUUUCCUGCUAGAAAAAACAGUAAAAUUGAUGGUUGGGAUAAAAUGGGGAGGAUAAAUAGAUGACUAUUGGAAAUGAAUAUUGGAAAAUAAUAUUUGCAUGGUGACCUUAAACAAUUGUCUGUGCUCGAACACAUUUCUCCAGAAUAAGAUGAAUUGGGUUGCCUCCUAGUAUUGAACCUGAGGACUGAUCUCCUUUCAGCAAAGCAUGUUCAGGGGAACAUCCCAGUGGAUUGACUGUGUCCUCUGUGAAAGAUCUGGAUAGAAAGGCAUUAAAUAAUCUAAGAUGAUCUGGGUUUAGUGAUAACAUGUAAAAGUAUCAGGCACCUAUGUUUAAGAACAGUGGCCACUGGUACAUUACCUAUCCAGGGCGAUGCUGAUAUUUCAGUGUAGUUAUAUCAUACUGUAAGCUUUCUUGGCUCCAAUUGUUGUUAUUCCAUCCUGUCGAUAGAAAAAGGGUUUUCUAUUUAGGGUCAUUAUGAAUUCAAACUGAUAAAUAAUCCAGAUUAACUAACACAGAUUGCGAAUAAUUUGGUAGACAACAUUCGCAAUUUUGUCUGGAGGGGAUGUCAAGACCCCGAUAGUUCUUAUUGGAAAUCCAUGGGUCUCUUGGUCCAUCUGUUCUUGAUAACCUGCAUAUACCCAGAAUUAAAUCCAAGUAAAUUGGAGGCACUGUAGAAAAGCAGUAGAUUUAGUGGUGAAGCAAACAUUUCAUAAUUCUAUUGUGAUGGUUGAUCUGAGCAAAGGACUCACUUUUCAAAGCACUUUCCACUCUUCAAGUGAACCUGCCAGAAUGAUUUCAUAGGGGUUUCGGGACUUCCUUAGCAAAUGCAAUAGCCAUAAGGAGCUCUUCCAGUUACUAAGCACAUUAGAAAGGGUCCCAGAAGGGACAUGAAACAACUCAAGGCAAAAAGCAGCGACCUUCCACAGGCCUAGCGUGGCUUUUAAACUAGGAUGAAUUUAAAGAAAAAGGCAAAAACAAGAAGCAAAUACUAGCUAAGAGGUUAAAGGCAUAGCAUCUACACAGUCUUUGUAAGGAGAUGGAAAUGAGGAAGGAGGUUGCAGAAGUAGGUAGAGAUGGCUUUUGGUGGGUGGUGUUUUAUGGACAAAGAAAUACAUGCAAAAUACAGUUGACUAUAUCAAAGGUGAUACUUAACUUUAAUACAUGAGGGGAAAAUAAUAGAUAGCAUUGCCUAGUGUUUGGAUGAAAUAUACUUUUGCCAAAUGUUAGAUGCACCAGAUCUUGGCCACACAAAUCCAGACCACAACAAAGAAUUGAAGUUUUUGGUGCCUCUGCUGCCAUCUAGUGAUCAUGUGGAUUCAUGCAGCCAAGAUGAGUUCUUGAUGAAGGCCAGUGUGCACGGACUUGAAUAUUUGUUUAAUGUAAUUAAAUGUAAUUAGGUUAGUUGCAAUUAAUUACAUUAAUUAUGUGAUUUUUAUCUAAAGUGUCUAUCGGCAACUUUCACAGAGACCAUUACAUUGCUGUGAUAAAUGAAAAUAUGACAGUCUCCUGGAAAACAGAUUUUAUUCAAUUUCCAUUUAUAGAUAGUGUUAUGCAGUGUUAUUUAUUAACUUCAUUUCAAACUAUUACCUGGACUGUGCAAUUUGCAUGGCAGACUACAAUUGUCUGGGAGGGAAAAAAGAGAUGGAGCUGCAUUUAUCUGCCUGUAACAAUAUAUCUUUCUAUUAUGGUCUGUUAUGGUAUGGUACUGAACUUCUUAAUGGUACAUACACUGGUAGUAAUUCUUUGCAUAUCCAGAUUUAUUAUUUUUAUUAUAAUUAUGUAAUACUGAUAUUUUUGCUUAAAUGUGAGCUAUCUUCUCAUGGAUUUGGUUCUUUAUUUUCUGCCCAGAAAAACCCAACUUCGAUACCAAAAACAAAAAAAAUAAAAAAGUGCAGAAACUUAAAAAAAAGAAUCCUAAAAAAGUUUUAAAAAAAAUUAAAACAUUCAAUUCUUUCAGCUUUAUUAACAUUUUCCAUUGUUUCUUGCGAUUUGUGUCUCGUUCUUUGUAGUAUUGAUGAUAAUGAACAUUUGAUAAUGAAUGUUCUUGUAUAUUCAGAUAAAGGAAAAACAAACCAAAAAAGCAGUCUGAAUUAAAUAGUGUUUAUAAAAAUAAAAAGUUACCCUCAUAGCACGCAUCGAAGGACAGGCAGUCCCCAUCCUGUCCUGUGGCAAAAAGAGCUUCAUACCUGUAUAGUUUUUAACACCAAGUUACCUACAUUUGCUCUUCUUUGGUUUCCAUUUUUAAUGCAUUUGUGAAUUAGUUCAAGAAUGGUAGACAAGUGUAGAGUUGUGCACAUUCAUUUCCUGUUACACAAUGUUUUAAAAGAAGUGACAGUAAUUCAUUUUGUAAAACUUUUAACAAUGGUUGGAAUAGUGAGCAUAAUAGGUACACUUAAUACUUCGUUUACUAACUUUGAAUGCCAGAAGUGACAUUUUCAUUAUCUUCUGCAUAAAUUUUAAAAGGGGCUUUUAUUUUAGCCCAAUCCACUGGUAGGUUCUCCAGCAUAAGCCUCCCCUGAAACAAAUGGAAGCUAUGCAAGGGUUUUUGCUGCGUAGCUUCAGUUUUUUCAACAAGGCUUAUGCAGGAUACUAGACUCAUCUCUUUUACUUCUCUCUCUCUCUCCCCCCACCCUCCCUCUCACUCUCUCUCUCUUGCUCUCUUGCUCUCUCUUUGUCAAACUAUGGCCUUGAAAACAUAUUUUCCAAUUCCAUUCUUAAAUCUUUUAUUGCCUUUAAAGUGAUGUGAAAAGCUUCUUUAGCAAACAGAAAAAAGAUAAAUUAUUUUCCCUUAAAUGUGCUUAGUUUAUAUAAAAUCAACACUCUUGUUUAUUGGUUUGAUGCCAAUAAGAUGUGUUGGGUCUAGAGAUCCUAGAAUUUGCAACCAGAAUAACUAACAUCUCAUGUAGCAUACUUGGUAGGUGGAAAACUGCCUCUGGCUGAAGGCUGAAAAUAAGACUUCGAGCGAUGAGUAAGGUACUUGAAAUACUCAACUUCCUGAAAUUUAUCUAACCUCCAUUCUCACCUGACUUGCUUGACAGUAAUGGUGAACUAAACUUUCUGAGGACUCCCACUUGGGGAUGUCUGGCUGCUUGGCUUUCCUGAACAGUUUUGAGAAGGCUAGAGAAGGUCCGUAUCAACUUUCUCUGUGGAAUAUGAGGACGUAGAGCAUUGCUUCUACUGCCCAUCAGGUUGCCAUCAGGUGAUGAGCAGUGUGUGCCAAGAUACAGUAUUUGUGCCCUUUUAAGCAAAGAUGAUUUGACCUGUGAUGGCACAGUAGAAUACAGUAUUGCAGGCUAAUUUUGCCCACUGCCAGGAGUUCAAUUCUGACUGGCUCAAGGUUGACUUAGCCUACCAUCCUUCUGAGAUUGGUAAAAUGAGGACCCAGAUUGUUGGAGACAAUAUGCUGACUUUAUAAACUGCCCAGAGAGUGCUGUAAAAUGCUAUGGGUAGUAUAUAAGUCUAACUGCUAUUGGUAUUUCUACACAGGAAAUUAUAAGUAGUAGGGUGUGUAGGGUUACUGUUGCCAGGAGGAUGUAGGGUUAUUGCUUACUACUUGCCAAAAUGGCAGAUGAGGGGAGAGGUACUCAUCAACAGUUGCCUGGUCAGUGCAACAAUUAUGUUCUUUAUGAAGUGAAAGUGUGAAUUCUUUUUGCCACAGCCGAUCUUCCUUGCCACCACCAGAUAAUGGAAACUAGCAUUCUGCUCUAUUACUUGUAAUUUCCCUCCCUUCCCCAUGUUCUGGUUUUUUGUGCAAAAGUAAAUUCCAGGACUCACUUGGGGUAUUAACCAAAGCUGCUGAUUUACCAGCUGCUCCCCAGUCAUGUCUGUAUUUAGAAAGGAGAACCAAGAUUGGUGGGCAAGCAUAUUGGAAAUCCCUAGGCAAAGGGUGUCCCCUUGUGCCAUCAAUCAUCACUUACAGGCUGGACCACCUGCCCACUGAGGAAAUG